CACAUACGACCACCUUCCAUCGCAAUUUCUCUCUGCCUCGACCCCAAUAUUGCCUCAAAAUGAGUCGCAUCUUGAUAACCGGUGUUACCGGCUUCAUCGGAGGAGACGUCUUGUACGGUCUGACUCAGUCGCUUGCUUCGUCUCGCAUUACGGCGCUGGUGAGAAACCAGGGUCAGGCAGCCGCAGUCACGGGCAGAUUUCCCACGGUGACUCCGUUAAUUGGAGACUUGGACUCGAGCGCGGAGAUCCAGCAGGCAGCGUCCGAGGCAGACGUCGUUCUGCAUCUAGCAAGCUCGAGUCAUGUGCCCAGUGCUAAGGCCAUUGCCGAUGGGUUGUUGAAGAGUGAACGGGAAAACCCAACCUGGAUCCAGAUUGCAGGCGCUAGUUUCCUGGCCGGGGGAGAAAUCCAGUCCAAGGCGUUUGGUCAACCCGGAUCGAAGAUCUACAACGAUCUUCCAGGCGUGUCAGAGAUCCAUGACAUCCUCGCCGCGUCUCCCAAGAGGACUGUAGAUCAUCUAGUCCGUGAUCUCCCUUCCAGUAAUCCCCGGGCCCGGACAGCAAUCGUCUACGGCCCGCUCAUUUACGGCAAGGGCCGAGGACCUGUCAAUCAACGGAGUAUUCAAAUCCCAGACCUCGCCAAAGCCGCUCUGCAGCACGGCCGUUGCCCUCAUGUCGGCCGGGGUCUGAACACCUGGAACACCAUCCACAUUGCCGAUUUGACCUCUCUUUUCGUGCGGCUGGCCGUGGCAUCCUCACGCGGCUCGAACCCAUUGUUGUGGAACGAGAACGGCGUCUACUUUGCCGAAUCCGGGAAGAUAUCAUUUGGGGACAUCGCGAAGAAGAUAUCCACCUUUGCCCACUCCCGAGGCUUCAUCAAAUCACCCGAGGUGGUGGAAAUGGACUCGGAAACCGCCGACAGACUCACCCCUCAUGGAUCGGUGAUUUGGGGCACCAAUGCCCAGUAUCAAGCGAUUCGAGCCCGGGAGCUUCUUGGAUGGCUUCCACAGGCACACGGAAUUGAGGAGGAGAUCCCACGGGCAGUUCUGGCCGAAGCGUUGAUGCACCACCCACGACCGGCUGAGAAGCUCGUUUGAUUUGGCCAUAGUUCUGAGCAUUACAUCAUCUGAGGAUCCUCACAUUUACAUGUUCAUAAUUGUAUUGCUCUGUAUAUU